AAGUCUUUUCUUUCUAACUACUACGUUCUACCCAGUAGUUUAAAUACCACAUAACCCAGCAAUCUAUAUUCACACUCAAAUCAUCCUUUUCUCCUUUUUGUAAUAACCAAGAUUUUCCUAUGGCUACUUUCGAUUACGGGUUGAUGAUCAGCAUGAUGAUGACCAUCUUGUUGGCUUCCUUUGUAUCUGCAGAUCCUGAUUUGCUUCAAGAUGUUUGUGUUGCAGAUCUUACUUCAGGUGUAAAAAUAAACGGGUUCCCUUGCAAAAGCAACAUAUCAGCCGAUGAUUUCUUCUUCGCGGGGUUAGCAAAGCCGGGGCUAACUAACAACACCUUCGGUGCAACCGUUACACUAGCUACUGUCCAACAAAUCAAAGGAGUAAACACCCAGGGGGUAUCCAUGGCUCGCAUUGAUUAUGCACCAGGGGGUAUCAACACACCGCACACACAUCCACGCGCCACUGAGAUAUUUUUUGUGCUCGAAGGCGAAUUGGAUGUCGGGUUCAUCACCACAGAAAAUAAACUCUUCUCCAAAAGAAUUAAGAAAGGUGAAAUCUUUACAUUUCCUAGAGCUUUAAUUCACUUCCAAAUAAACAAGGGGAAAGUUCCUGCCGCCGCUCUUGCAGCCUUCAACAGCCAGAUGCCGGGACUCCAAAGUGUGGCAAAUGCUUUGUUUGCCUCAUCUCCACCGGUGGAUGAUGUUGUGUUGAGUAAAUCAUUCCAAAUUGGGACUCAAGAGGUUGAGACAAUUAAGUCCAAAUUUGCUCCAAAAAAGUAAAAUAUUAAAGGAUACAACUAUCUAUUAUGGGUUUUCAAGUUUCUAUUUGUUUUUUUUUUUUUUUGGAAUAAUGGGUUUAUGACACCAGAUCUUGUUUUCUUGUUGUAACCAUAGAUCUUGUACUUGAGUUUUACUAAUUAUAUGUGACAACCCUCACCAAAACAGGUAUCCGUACAAAUUAAUUAAUAUUUAAUUUAUGCUUAA